GCCGGGUCUCCGUCGCCUGCUGCGACGGGCUUAAUUAUAAAGCAUCGCGGGCCUUCUGCACUAUCAGCAGCAGCCAUCUCGCAGAGCCAACACCUUUCAAGCCUUACGUCCCGAGCGAGCGAAGCACACUGCUCCACUCUUGCCCGCCAUGGCGCCAGCGCUGAAGAGGUACAACUGGAUCCUCGCCCUCACCACCAUCGCCUUCGUCGUCUCCUCGGCCUCCAAUGGUGCCAACGAUGUUGCCAAUUCGUAUGCCACGUCCGUCGCCGCCCGCACGCUGCAAAUGUGGCAAGCCGGCAUUCUCGCCUCGGGCACUGAGUUUCUCGGAGCUGUCGCCCUCGGGAGCCGCGUCACAGGCACCAUCAAGAGCGGAAUCUUCGAUUUGAACCGGUUCAAGCCAGCGCCAGCAACCCUGAUGCUCGCCAUGGGCUGUGCUGAACUCGGAAGCGCCACCUUCCUCACAUUCGCUACCAUCGCCGGCUUUCCCGUCAGCACGACCCAGACCGUCGUCGGCGCCCUCAUCGGCUCUGGCCUUGCCGCCCAGGCCUCCAUCAAGUGGGAUUGGGACAAGGGGAGUGUGUCCCAGAUUGCGGCGUCGUGGGUCAUUGCACCUUUCAUCUCCGCCGGCUUUGCUGCCAUCCUGUUCGGGACAGUCAAGUACGGCGUCCUGCAACGCAAGGAUCCUCUCAAGUGGGGUCUGCGCUUGAUCCCAUUCUAUCUUGCCUUUACCGGCGGUGUCCUAGCUCUCUUCAUCAUCGACGAGCUACCGGAAGGCGAGUCCCUGGAAGAGAUGGGCCCCGGAAAGGCCUGUGGUAUUAUUCUUGGUGUGUUCUUUGGCGUUCUGCUCAUCUCUUACGCCUUCUUCCUCCCCUACUUCCACCGGCGCCUUGUUCAAGGAGAUGCCAGGGUCCGAGCAUGGCACAUUCCGCUUGGGCCUCUUCUCUGGCGAGAGAAUCCUCCGCUGUACUUCCCAGCCAAGGGUGAUCUCAUCGUCACCGACUAUUACGCCAAGGCUUUAAGCAACAGCAGCUCAGAAGAAGAGCUCGAGGAGAAGAGCAGAGGUCAUUCAACCGCCGUGGACACCAAAUCGUCGGGUGGAAGUGGCGACGACAUUGAACGCGGAGAGGUAGGCGCGGACGUACACCAAAGGCGUAUUCCGCCGGGCGCUACUCUGCACAUCAUCCCGCCAAAGCCAGAACCAGAGGAACGCUGGCUGAAGCCAGUCGCCCACCUUCCUAUCUACCACCCGAAGAAGAUUGGCAACUGGGUCAAGUUCCUUCUGCUUCAGGGUGUGAGCCGCGAUGUGGUGACCCAGAAAAAUAUGCUCGACAUCCACGCCAGGGCCGUCGUCUACGACAACAAGGUCGAGCAUCUCUGGACCUAUGCCCAGGUCGCGUCUGCAAUGAUGAUGUCCAUUGCUCAUGGCUCCAACGAUGUUGCCAACGCCGUCGGUCCCUGGGUUGCCACCUACAACACGUACGAGACCGGUCUGGUAACCAAGGAAGCCGACACACCCAUCUGGAUCCUCGUCAUUGCCGGCUUGCUCCUCGGUACCGGCUUCUGGUUCUAUGGGUACCACAUUGUGCGCGCUCUGGGCAACAAGAUCACCCAGGUCAGCCCGACACGUGGGUUCAGUAUGGAGCUUGGAGCGGCCAUCUGUGUGUUGCUAGCGAGUCGCUUGGGUCUGCCUGUUAGUACGACUCAGUGUCUUACUGGAGCAACAAUCGGUGUCGCCCUGAUGAACUUCGACCUCAAGGCCGUGAACUGGAAGCAGGUGGCCUUCAUCUUCUCCGGCUGGGUCAUUACGCUCCCGGGAGCCGGCCUCAUCUCUGGCCUUUUGAUGCUCAUGGCGUUGAACACGCCGCACUUUUAAGUUGGGCGGUUGAGGGGGUGUCGCACCGGAGGUGACAUGGGGUUGAAGGCCCGGCGGGUUGGUGACCUGCUGGGGAUGGUGGGGUCUACUACAAGCGGUAUGCCCCACACAUAACUAAUCGACCCCGUCUUGAAUGUAUUCUAUCGUAUUUCGAACACCUUCGUGUAACUAUGAUCCCUUUGAAUCAAUCGUUAACUGCUCAAUGUUCGAACGCUGAAGAGAGAAUCGAUACAGAACUCAGCCCCCGAAGUGAUUAGCACGAUACUUCUGCAGAACUAAUCUCGCUCCGGACUCGAGACCACCGCACUUAUCAUCCGGCCUGACUUCCGCCUCGAAUUCCACGGUGCUCAAAAUUGUCACUA